AGAGAGUGUGAGAGAGUAGUGAGAUGCCUCUAACUGCGUCUGCCUCCUGCACACAACACGCCACAGCUGCGCUAGAGAGAGAGAGAGGCCUGCGGGCUUCAAUGGACAGGGGUCAAUAAAAACUCUUUGGGAACAACGCAUACCAAAUCAGGGGAACACACCAGUCUAGGGGGGGCGUCUUUUUCUCCCCACACCACAUUUAACUUUUGUGAACUUGUUUUUUUUAGCUCAUGUACUUAUCUUAUUAAACUCCUUUACGCACAAGUACGUACAUGAGUUGAAACAACACUUUAUCAUCGCGCACGGCGGUAAGAUCCACGGUGCGGUGAAACUAGAGUGUUUCUUGGGGGAAACUAGACGGCUUUACCAAACGUUGGGAUUUAGGAGCGAGUCCCUAUUGUUCAAAUCCCUCCCCCUUCUUGGGAAGUGGGAGGACCCGAAAAGGCGUUGCAAAAGAGAGAAUUGUUUGCAAGCUCAGUCAUCCAAAAACGGCCUUUCAAUGUGAGAACUUGGGGAGCCGAAGAAAAUGUCGGUGGCAUCGCAGUAAAUUACUAAAGCAGUAGCUUUAGAGGGAAAAGAAAAAGUGAAAAGUGUUUUUUCCCUGAAAGUUUACUGAAGUAAAAAGCGGAGAAGGAGAUCAAGUGGUGUCGUGAGGAGUGAAUUCCAAAUAAAGCACGUUUUGGGGGUAGUGUAUGGAAGAUGUCUGGAACAGACUGGACUCCGUGGAUGAAAAAGCGACGGGCGCGAGUGCUGUGUGCUCUGGGUGCUGUGCUACUGUGCUGCCUACAGGGCGGCGCCACUGUCACUGAUGAAGUGGCAGUGUUCACAGAGGAGCCUCUGUCGGUGGUGCAGAAGUUAGGUGGUAGCGUGACCCUGAGGUGCAGCGCCCGACCCCCCUCGGCCAACAUCAGCUGGCGGCUGAACGGGCGUGAGCUGGUUGCCGGGGCUGGUGGGGACCUGGGGGUGGUACUGGAGCCUGGCACGCUGCUCAUCCCAGUCCUCACCAACCUCACCCUGGGCAGGUACCAGUGUGUGGCCAGCACCAAUGCAGGGGGACUGGCCAGUGUGCCGGCCAACGUCACCGCUGCCAAGCUGCGAGACUUUGAGCAAGACAACCAGCAGGACAUUGAGGUAGAUGAGGGGAACACGGCUGUGAUCCAGUGUCACCUCCCUGAGAGCCAGCCCAAGGCACAGGUUCGCUACAGUGUCAAACAGGAGUGGCUCGAGACCUCCAAAGGGAACUACCUGAUCAUGCCAUCAGGGAACCUGCAGAUAGCCAACGCCACUCUGGACGACGAGGGGCCCUACAAGUGUGCUGCUUACAACCCUGUCACACAGGAGGUCAAGACCUCCACCUCCACUGACCGCCUGCGCAUACGCCGUUCGACGUCGGAGGCGGCCCGUAUCAUCUACCCCCCAGUGUCUCGCACCAUCAUGGUCACUAAGGGACAGCGUCUGGUCCUGGAGUGUGUGGCCAGCGGCAUCCCGACCCCGCAGGUUACAUGGGCCAAGGACGGUCAGGACCUGCGUUUCCAUAACAACACGCGCUUCCUGCUCAGCAACCUGCUGAUCGACGCGGCGGGCGAGGGCGACUCAGGGACGUACAAGUGUCACGCUGACAACGGCAUCGGAUCAGAGAGUGCCGCUACUGUGCUCUACGACGUGCAGGUGUUCGAGCCUCCCCAGGUAACCAUGGAGCUCCAGCAGCAGGAGGUGUCGUGGGGGGAGAGUGUGCGCUUCAGCUGCCUGGCCAGGGGUAAACCCACCCCCUCUGUGGUAUGGCUCCACAACGCCCGCCCCCUGGCCUCGUCACCACGCCACCGCCUGUCUGCCCGCGUGCUGCGUGUCAUCAAUGUGGGCCCGCAGGACAACGGCUUGUACCAGUGCAUGGCUGAGAACGGUGUGGGCAGCUCGCAGGCUGCCGCCAGACUGGUCACCUUACCAACCGGUGUUCCGUCUCGGUCAGGGAAGCUGCCCUCCAUCCUGCGUCCACUGAGCCCAGACAAGGUGCUGCGGGAGCAGGUCCCAGUGAAGCCCGGGGCCACGGGUAGCGUGCUGACCCUGGACUGCUCUGAGCUGACUGGGCAGAUCUCUGUGGCAGAGGCCCCUGUCAUCCUCAGCCAGCCCAGGACCGUCAAAGCUGACUUCUAUGAUCUGACCUGGAAACCUCGCCACGAUGGAGGCUCUCCUGUGAUGGAGUACAUCGUCAAGUACAGAAAGAUAGAGGACCCUCCAGGUGAGUGGACCAGCAGCAGUAUCUCUGGGUUUCUCCACAAACUGACCCUGGCCAAGCUGCAGCCAGCCAGUCUGUACGAGGUGGAGAUGUCUGCUAAGAACUGUGCUGGCCUGGGACAACCUGCCAUGAUGACCUUCAGGACAGGCAAAGGUCGUAGGGGUCCAGGAGGUCAGAACGAGCUCCCUAAAACUCCUCCAGUACCAUCACCUCGCCUCUCUCCUCCUGAGGCCCCUGAUAAGCCCACCAUCUCCAUGGCGACUGAGACAUCUGCCUACGUGACAUGGAUCCCCCGCGGUAACCGUGGUUUCCCCAUCCAGUCUUUCAGAGUGGAGUUUAAGAAGCUGAAGGGGAAGGGAGGUGGGGAGUGGGAGGAGGCCGUCACUAACAUCCCCCCCCAGCGACUGUCUGUGGAGAUCACUGGCCUGGAGAAAGGCAUGUCCUAUAAGUUCCGUGUGUUGGCGGUAAAUGUGAUUGGCGCCAGCCCACCCAGUGCCCCCUCUAAGGCCUACACGGUGGUGGGGGGUGGCAGGCCCAACGAACGCCCUGUAGACGGACCCUACAUCACUUAUAAUGAAGCUAUCAACGAGACCACCAUCAUCCUAAAAUGGACGUACACUGCCGUCAACAACACCCCUGUCUACGGUUUCUACAUCUUCUACCGGCCGACAGACAGUGACAACGACAGUGACUAUAAGAAGGACGUGGUGGAGGGUGACCGUUACUGGCACUCCAUCACUGACCUGCAGCCUGAGACGGCCUACGACAUCAAGAUGCAGAGCUUCAACGAGGGGGGAGAGAGCGAGUUUGGCAACGUGGUUAUCUUAGAAACUAAAGCUCGACUGAACCAGCGGCCCUCUCCAUCGGAGGCGUCAUCCCAGAGACCAGAGCACCCCGGGGGGCCUGUGCCCCGCCCCAGCGACCUCCCCUACCUCAUAGUGGGUGUGGUCCUGGGGGCCCUCGUCUUCAUCAUUGUAGCCUUCAUCCCCUUCUGCCUGUGGAGAGCCUGGGCCAAACAGAAGCAAACAUCAGACCUGUGUUUCCCAGCCGUGGCACACCCUGUCUCCUCAUGCCAGUAUACCAUGGUGCCUCUGCAGGGCCUGGCUCUGGUUGGCCACUGCCCGCUGGACCCCCAUUUGCCCCCCCCACCGCAUGCCAUCUACCCCCCUAACAGAGAGUGCACGCCCAAUGGGAAAUACCAUUACCCCACACACCGUCUGCCAGGACUACGCCAGGAGGAUGUGGAGUAUGAUAUGGAGUGUGACACGCUGCUAGCACAGACCAUGUCAAAUGGACACACCCCAGGCUACCACUACUCUAACAGUGAGCCUGGAGACGGUGAGGACUGCUGUCUGCCCGAUGACUCCACCCUCCAGCUCCUCAACACCUCUGAACAGCCAAUCAGCACUCAGGACCUGACGGCCAAUGCCCAUUUUCACAAUGGGGACAUCAAUCUAGACCUUCUACCCUGCUCUCCCUCUCCUCUGCUAUCACUGGAGGAGAACUCCACGGCGACAACAUCAACAGCAACAACGCCAGAAUCCCAAGAUGCACUUCCACUCCAGAGUGAAACAGGGACGUCAGACUCAACAGAUGCUUGAAAAACAGAAAACAAAAAAGUCUUUAUUUUUGUAUCACAGAUAUUUAUAUAUUUAUGCUUUUGUACAUAAACAUUGUUUUGUUAUGCUGUAUAUAAGGAUAUGUUCAUAUUGAAAAAUACAUGUAUCUGUAUGUCAGUUUCUGUGAUGUUGUAAUCCUGCUAUGUGAUUGUAUAUUCAUGUCUGCACACCUUGAGGAAAGGAGGGGGAUUCCAAUCCUGGUGCUGAUUUAAGUCAGUCAGCGCAUUCUGUUGAAGGUUUCAUCUGACUGGCAUGCCACUAUUUCUCUGACUAGGCACCAGCAGCACAUCUACCAGUCUGCUUUAAGUUAUUCCCUGUAGAACUCCUAUGUUCCCCUUAUUUCCAACUUAAACAGACAUCUGGUUAUUAUACGACCCUGAUAGUUGCAUGUCAGAAAAAAAAGAAAAACAAUGGACAGGGUUGUGGUGCUCAGUAGAGGAACAGAGAGCAAGCUUUUUGAGGGAGCACUACCUCUAUGUUCAAUGAAAAUGCAUUUUAUACACCCCCCGUGUUGUAUAUACUCCCUCUUCUGUUCAGUGUUGCCAUAGUGUCCGCCGUUUCAUAAAGAUGCAUUUUAUACACCCCCCGUGUUGUAUAUACUCCCUCUUCUGUUCAGUGUUGCCAUAGUGUCCGCCGUUUCAUAAAGAUGCAUUUUAUACACCCCCCGUGUUGUAUAUACUCCCUCUUCUGUUCAGUGUUGUCAUAGUGUCCGCCGUUUCAUAAAGAUGCAUUUUAUACACCCCCCGUGUUGUAUAUACUCCCUCUUCUGUUCAGUGUUGCCAUAGUGUCCGCCGUUUCAUAAAGAUGCAUUUUAUACACCCCCCGUGUUGUAUAUACUCCCUCUUCUGUUCAGUGUUGCCAUAGUGUCCGCCGUUUCAUAAAGAUGCAUUUUAUACACCCCCCGUGUUGUAUAUACUCCCUCUUCUGUUCAGUGUUGUCAUAGUGUCCGCCGUUUCAUAAAGAUGCAUUUUAUACACCCCCCGUGUUGUAUAUACUCCCUCUUCUGUUCAGUGUUGUCAUAGUGUCCGCCGUUUCAUAAAGAUGCAUUUUAUACACCCCCCGUGUUGUAUAUACUCCCUCUUCUGUUCAGUGUUGCCAUAGUGUCCGCCGUUUCAUAAAGAUGCAUUUUAUACACCCCCCGUGUUGUAUAUACUCCCUCUUCUGUUCAGUGUUGUCAUAGUGUCCGCCGUUUCAUAAAGAUGCAUUUUAUACACCCCCCGUGUUGUAUAUACUCCCUCUUCUGUUCAGUGUUGUCAUAGUGUCCGCCGUUUCAUAAAGAUGCAUUUUAUACACCCCCCCGUGUUGUAUAUACUCCCUCUUCUGUUCAGUGUUGUCAUAGUGUCCGCCGUUUCAUAAAGAUGCAUUUUUCAUCAAAAGUAUUAAAUGUAUGCAACUUCAAAUCAUUCUGCCUUCAAUAGUUUAGAGGACAAAGAGAUAUAUUGUAUAGUUAUUUAUUUUUAGGGGGAGGAAGAUUCUGGAAGUUUUGUUACCCAGUCACACCCAAGCCAAUUUAAAUUUUAGACUGAAAUGACAGUCUGUUUCUGCUGGUCACUACUCCAAAUGACUGCCUUGUGAGGGGAUCUUUGACGGCUGCGCCAAUAUUAUCCUUCCCCCAUACAUUGGUGCAUCAGUAUUAGCCUUCCCUGUGAGGCAUCGGAGAUCAAAAUGAAGGAGUUCCUGAAUCUGUAAUCCAUCUUUGUGUGUAGCUGUUGUCAUGGUUACACAGGCUGGAGCACUAUUGCAUGUAAAUAAAGCUUAUAAUGAAAUCA